UAGAGCAGUAGUUGCUGUGUUUGUGUUGUUCCUGCUCAGUGAGUGCAUUGUGUGUAUGUGUCUGUAUACCCUGUGUAUUUGUGUGUGUUGUGUACACAGUGUGUGUGUGUGUGUGUGUUGUGUGACCGGCUCCCAAUCUGGAUCUCCGCCGGCAGCAGGUCUCCUCGUUCUCGCGGAGCUCCCGGGACAAACUGCAGCAGCAGCGGCGCAGGAUGUUCUCCAAGCUCUCCUCCAUCCUGCAGCACGCUGUGGAAGUGCUUGCUCCUUCUCUGCCUCUGCAAGAAGACUUUGUGUACCACUGGAAAUCAAUUACUCAUUAUUACAUUGAAACAUCAGAUGACAAAGCUCCAGUGACCGACACCAAUAUCCCGUCUCAUCUGGAGCAGAUGCUGGAGAUCCUGGUGCAGGAAGAGAGUGAGAGGGAGUCCGGUGAGACGGGUCCUUGCAUGGAAUAUUUACUGCACCACAAAGUCUUGGAGACCCUGUAUACCCUGGGAAAAGCUGAUUGCCCUCCUGGAAUGAAGCAACAGGUCCUGGUUUUCUAUACAAAACUUCUUGGCAGAAUCAGACAGCCUCUUCUCCCCCACAUCAACGUACACCGACCAGUACAGAAACUUAUCCGUCUGUGUGGAGAAGUAUUGGCCAACCCAACUGAAAAUGAAGAGAUCCAGUUCUUGUGUAUUGUGUGUUCAAAGCUCAAACAAGAUCCGUAUUUGGUCAAUUUCUUUCUGGAGAACAAGUUAAAAGGAGCGUUAUCUAACAGUGUUUUGGGGUCACCAGCUGCCAGUCAGGGAGAGGUCCUCACAAAUGAUACUGGUCAGUCUGUCCCCCCUGGGACUACGUGUGAUUUGCCUGCUACUGAAGGAGCCGCCGCCACCGCGUCAAGUUCUGUAAGCCCGACAGAACCCCAGGAACCUUCAGAAUCGUCUGCCAGUCACAUCCACCAGGAUUAUAAUCUGGUCAAUUCUUUACUAAACCUCACAAAGAGUCCAGAUGGCCGGGUUGCCGUUAAAGCCUGCGAAGGCCUCAUGUUACUAGUCAGUUUGCCUGAACCAGCGGCAGCAAAGUGUCUAACCCAGAGCACUGGCAUGUGUGACCUGCUGACGGACAGACUGAUAUCCCUGUACCGCGCAUUGCCUCAAUCUAUCGACCCUCUGGACAUUGAAACCGUGGAUGGAAUUAACUGGGGUUUGGAUUCUUACAAUGUGAAAGAAGAUGCGUCGGCAUUCCCCGGCAAGCGAGCCCUUAUCUCUUUCCUGUCUUGGUUUGAUUACUGUGACCAGCUCAUUAAAGAAGCACACCAGGUAACAGCGUCUGCGAUGGCAAAAUGCAUCCGGGAGAGAUUUCUCAUUGGUGUAAUGGAGCCACAGCUUAUGCAGACUUCUGAAAUUGGUAUCCUGACUGCGACUGCCCUGCUUCAUCGCAUUGUACGCCAUGUCACAUCCGAAGCUCUGCUACAGCAAAUAGUUUACUUCCUACUCACAGAAAAGAGGGAGCCAGAAACGCUGCGGGAUAUCCAGAAAAGCCCCUUACGUCAUCGUUUGAUUGAACAUUGCAACCAUAUCUCAGAUGAGAUCAGCAUCAUGACUCUUCGCCUGUUUGAACAUCUAUUACAAAAACCUAAUGAGCACAUCCUUUAUAACCUUGUUCUGCGAAACCUGGAGGAACGCAAUUAUACGGAAUACAAACCACCAUGCCCGGAGGACAAAGAUGUGGUGGAGAACGGACAGAUAGCAGGAGCAGUAGAUCUAGAAGAAGAUCCCUUAUUUACAGACUUAUCUCCAGAUAACAUGCUGUCUAAAGAAUGGCUGAGUUCCUCUCCUCCAAUCAGUCCCGAUCACCAGAGGAAUGAUGGGAAAACAGAAGUACAUAAAAUUGUCAACAGUUUCCUCUGCCUUGUUCCUGAUGAAGCCAAAUCCUCAUACCAGGUAGAGGGCACAGGGUAUGACACCUACCUCAGAGAUGCCCACCGACAGUUCAGAGAUUACUGCGCUAUCUGCCUGCGGUGGGACUGGCCUGGCAUCGCAAAAGCCAUUGAAAAGUGCAAUCUAGAAGCUCCUUUCUUCGAAGGACAUUUCUUGAAAGUUUUAUUUGACAGAAUGGGCAAGAUUCUGGAUCAGCCCUACGAUGUGAAUUUACAAGUCACGUCUGUGCUCUCCAAGCUGUCUCUCUUUCCACAUCCUCAUAUACAUGAAUUUCUAUUGGAUCCGUACGUCAAUCUAGCGCCGGGAUGUCGGUCGCUGUUUUCUGUUAUUGUCAGGGUGGUCGGGGACCUAAUGGUCAGAAUUCAGAGGAUCCCAGAGUUUACACCAAAGCUGUUGCUUGUACGGAAGAGAUUACUGGGACUGGAACCUGAUGGGCCCAUUGUCGAUCACAUGACGCUGCUGGAAGGUGUUAUCGUGCUGGAAGAAUUCUGCAAAGAACUAGCAGCCAUUGCAUUUGUCAAAUUUCAUAGCUCUACCACCCCGUGAUGCUGGAAAAGACAGGCAUUUUAUACAACUACGAGACCAAAUGUUACUUAUCGUGCAAAAACUUUGUGGAGACUAAAAGGGAAUCUGUGCAUACCGCGCAUUCACUAAUACACGGGUGCUGUCUGUGUUAAUCUUCCGAAUAUCCACACGAUACCAUGGAGGGAUCAUCAGGGCAAGAACAAAAUGGAAACGACUUGGACUUAUAGCAAGUGGGAUUUUUAUUUUUUAAGUAUUUUUCCUUCAAGACUUUUAAAACAAGUGUUAUCUCUCUUUACAAAAGAAAUAUGUGGCUUUGUGUGUUCCAUCUUACUCAAUAGGCAUGGUUUUAUUUUAUCUUAAAGACUAUAUCACAUGCAGAGCAGACUGUUCUCUACACUCACUCUGUCAUCAGCCAGCCGGAGACAUGGCAUCUAACAUCAUUUUACCAAUAGUCUGUCCCAGAUUUCAAGAACUUCUUCAACUAUUGAGUUUGUUACCCUCAGCAGCCUGGUGGGUUUUUUAAUAUAUAUAUUUUAUUUUUUUUUGCCACUUUUACAUGUAAAUCGUGGCAGUUUUAGUGUUAAUGUCCUGAGUUGCUACAUCAAAUUGUAGGUAAUUCCUGAUGUCUCUUAUUUUUAAAAGGAAUGCAAGAACCUUAAUUUUUUGUAUCAAAAAUGUAUACUGAUAACUUUGUAAAUAUAGGGGGAAUGUCUCCCGUUUUUUGUGUGCUCUAUAACCAGUUUCCACAAAACAGGAUCACAUUUAUACUAAACUAUAAAACGCCACUCUCAUAUUUUCUCUAAAACGUGGCUUAUUCUACAGAUCUGCCACUGAUUUUACUGCUUUUCACAUCGCCACAAAUCUGCUCUUCCAAGUCCAGUCACAUGGCUGGAAACCCAAAACCAAUAUCUCCAUCAUCUUGUUUUGUGGAGUGUGGGGGGAGCUUUGCUUUUACGGCAUUUUGUUGCCAGUCUCCUGUGUUUACGUCUCUCUUGCUUUGUGCUGCUAGAAUGAAAUGUUGAAACUACAAGGAUUGUUCCUUUAUUAUUGUUACACAUUCUUGUAAUUAUACUUUGAGAACUUGUGGCACAUUGCUUUAUGUUUAUACAAAUUUCAUUUAACUUAAAAACAAAAAUAAUAUAUAAAUAUUGAGGCUGGCCAUCAAA